CCACCCAGUCUGUGCCACGGCGGGUGAGUCGGCAUAACGGUCGUCAGUGUACCGCUGCGCGUGCGCCGGGCAAACAUUACAUAAUAUUAUUCGCGGCACUCCACCAAACCGGUUGUCUAGCCUACACUUUGCGCAAGUGUUUUGUGGUCUUCGUUACAUACCAUGGCUCCGAAAAAAAAUUACACCACAAGGGACAUGGAAAGAGCAAUUGAAGCAGUGAGAAAUGGCGAAAAGGUUUCAGUAGCAGCUCAACGUUUCGGUGUACCAAGAAUUACACUGCGUGACAAACUUACAGGAAAAACUCCAAUAUAUAGCACCAUGGGGCCGAGUACGGUAUUAACUAAAGAUGAAGAAGACCUUUUGGAAAAAUGGCUAAUCGCCGAUCAACCUUUUCCACUGACUAAAGAUAAUAUUUUGGAUAGUGUGCAAAAAAUUAUAAUAGAUCAGAAAAGAAAAAAUCCCUUUACAAAUAAUAGACCCAGCAGGAAGUGGUUUCAGUCCUUCCUAAGGAGACAUCCAAAUUUGACACAAAGAAUAGAAACCUUAUCAAGACCCCGGGAUGAUGUGACUGAAAGUAAGUGGUUUGAAGAAAUCGAACAAUAUUUAUCUAAGCAUAAUUUAAAAGAUAUUCUAAACGAUGGACGCAGGGUAUUUAAUGCAGACGAAAGUGCAUUUUUCUUGUCACCUAAAUCUGGGCGUGUUCUUGCCAAAAAAGAAGAUAAACAUUUUAACAAUGGCCAUGAGAAAGAUAAUGUUACAGUCGUAUUUACCGGUAACGCAGCCGGAGAACUGGCGCCUCCAAUGAUUAUUUUUAAUGAUGAAAAGAUCCCUUCGUCCAUUGCGGCGAGUAUACCAUCGGAUUGGGCGAUAGGUAAAUCAGAAAACGGGUGGAUGUGCAGCGACAUAUGUUAUGAAUAUGUGACUAAUGUCUUUAACCCCUGGUUAGAGAAAAAUAACAUUAAAAAACCAAUUUUAAUGUUUGCGGAUUGCCGAAAAUCGCACCUUACGCUACAAAUAUCAAUGUUUUGCUCACAAAACGGAAUCGAAGUGAUAGCUUUAUAUCCAAAUUCUACGCACAUUCAUAUACCGAUGGAUUUGUCAGUGUUUAGACCUCUUGAAACACAUUGGAAAGAAGCUGUAACCCAGUGGAAAAUGGAGAAUCUUGGUCAAAAUCUUCAAAAAGAAAAUUUUGCCCAAGUACUGCAAAAAGCUCUUUCAAACUUAUCAAAAGAUUGCAUCAAGAAUGGAUUCAUAGGACUUUUUCCAUUCGGGCCUGACUAUAUUAAAAUACCAAAAAUGAAGCAAAAAGAUGUUACAAAGAAAUUAACAAAGAAAACUAACUCAGCGCAGGCAGAAUUUGUAAAGAAUUUAGAAAGUGAAAUCGUGAAAAUUUUUUCAGAGCAGAAGUUACAACAUUUUAAUGAAAUUUACUUCGACAAUAGCAAAACGCUUGAAAACUCUCUACCUAAUGAAGAUGGGGCAUUAUAUAUAAUUUGGGCCAAAAAUAAAUUUGAACAAGAGUUUUAUCAAUCAUCAUCAAAUGAAUACGAUGAUAUAAAUGUUGCUCCUGCACCAUCGGCAGAAGCAGUUUCUGACCAAUAUAAUUCACAUUUCACUGAGAAAGACAUUUUAACUAGCCCGCAUGCUAUGUUAAAUAGAGAUCUCAUUUUGCCCACAAGCGUUGAAACUGUAACCAGUACUGUAAAUCAUUCAAAAGGCGCAAGCGAGCCAUUAAGUAUUAUAAACACUGAACUAUCUACAUCACUGGUAAUAGAUCAAGGUAGUUAUCCUAACUUGUAUCAAUCUGAACUUCAGAAUAUAUCUUCGAGGAACGAAGAUAUUUUCGCCGAACAAUUACCAUCUAUGUUAACGGACAUAGUUUUUAAUUUGCCUACGAAUUAAAAAUAGAAGUUAACAACGCCAACACCAAUAAAAACAAUUAUUGAAGAUUAUAAAAACAAAAUUUAGGUAAAUGUACUCAAGACUUGAAUGAAAAAAAGGAAUCCAAAAAUAAUAUUAGACCUCGUAUCAAUUAUGUGCGGCAGUUACACGACAUGUUCGUAUGGAGCAACUAUCAUUUGCCGAAAUCAUAACCGAAUGAAAAGCGCACGCGCGUCACUACAGACCCUUUGCGGCGAUCAUAAAAGCCCACAAAAGUGUGUCGCACCACGAAGUAUUCGAAAGUAAAUUUUUGAAAUGGCUCGCGAACCAACCUAAUACUAAUAAGGCGCGUCUGCCGCGCGCGCCGAUGUUCAAAUGUUAGCCACGCAUAAUGGAUACGAAGUUUUACACGCCUAAAGACUCAAAGAAGUUAUAACGCAUAAUAUAUAGAUUUACAGGCAUUUAGAUAAAUUUAUUAUCAAACAAUAUAGAUUACGGUUUGUAAAUAUUUCGUUUUAUCGUAUGGCAGUCAUUUCUGAAUAAAUUUAUUCGCAAAAAG